AAGCAAGCAAAAAAUUCUGAUAAGGAAUUAAAGUCUGGACCAAUUGAAGAAUUAGAAUCUAGACUAGUUAAGCAAUUAGAGCUUAAGCCUGUUGAGUAUAAGAAAGUUAUUAGUGAGGUGCAAAUAAAAGACCCUGAUAAGCUGUUAGAUACUGAACCUGAUGAAUGUGAAGAAUAUUUUAGCACUUUUUGGAUAGAAAGUGAAAAAAAUUAUUUUAAUAGUGAAGAAAUCAUAGAUCAACUACAAGGGCUACAACAAAAUACACUGGAACAAUUAGUUAAAAAUAUAAAGACAAAUAUAUAG